AUGAUCCGCUCCAUUGAGGGAAGGAGCUCUGAAGUGACAGAGCUGAUCAGAGCUCAGGAGAAGGCUGAGGUGAGUCGAGCUGAAGGACUCCUGAAGCGACUGGAGCAGGAGAUUGCUGAGCUGAAGAGGACAGAUGCUGAGAUGAAGCAGCUUUCACUGACACAGGAUCCCAUCCAUUUCCUCAAGAACAUUGUGUCCAUCACUGGGAGGCCUUACAGCACAAUUUCAACCAGCGUGACUGUCAGCCAAGGCUUCUCCUUGGAGCCCCUGAAGAAAUCUGUGUCUGCACUGAAGAUGCAGCUGGAGGAGAAAUUAGAUUCAGUCUUCAAGGAGGAAAUAGUCAAGAUAUCUGCAGCAGCGAUCACGCAUGUCCAGAUCAUCCAGAGCAUACAGUUGUCUGAUGGCCAGGCUCUUAUUGCUGAACCAGUGACCAGAGAGGACUUCUUAAAGUAUUCCUGUCACUUCACUCUGGAUCCAAACACAGCACACACACACCUCCAUCUGUCUGAGGGGAACAGGAGGGUGGAAAUUCUGAAUUCAGAACCGGGUCCCCAUGGAGCACUUAAGUCUCCACCCCUUCCGGGCGGCUCAUGGGGCUGGGAGAGCCAACACUUUUGA